AUGGAUGACAUCACCCUGCCACCGGCAUUACCGCUUCGUGCUGGCAGUAGCAGUAAGGCUGAAAGCAGAAAACGGUACGGGCCUGCAGGUGAUGCUCGGUCACGCCUGGCGCAGGCACGCCUUGCGCUCUCUCGACAAGCUUCCUUUGACGUCGGCGGUUGCGCUGCCGAUGCAGUGGAUACCUCUCCGCCCAAUUCUCUGUCAAUAGAUGAGACGGACCAUGGAUUGCAGCAAAGCCCAAGAGCGACCCUGGAGAGUACCACCGCGGCUACAUCUAUACGUCUGCAAAGGGCGAAUUCCUCCUACGCUGCAAUUACCACGUCUCCAUCCCACCUCCUUUCCAAUGGUUCUCCCAAAAAGAUAAGCUCUCAGCAGGUCCGUCAACGUUUAAAGGAACACCUUCUGAGUCGACGCGUAAUGAGUGUGGAGGCUUCAUGGGGUGCGGGGGGAGGUGGAGCUAGCAUGGACGUUUCCACUGCUCUUGCUGCCUCUUCAGCCUCACCUCAAUCACGUGUCGGUCUGCGGCAUUUGUCCCGCUCCUUCGAUUCCGAUCGCACCACUUCUUCACCCUCUCCACCUCCGCCGCCACCGCUGUCACAUACUGAGGCUUCCGCUCCGCGUCCAUCUUCUCCAUCCUCGUUGCCGCGCAAACGCGCCGCCUAUCAUCGCUCUACAACUCUGUCGCUAGAUUCACCCGUUAGGCCGCCAACCACCGCUUCCUCGCUCUCUGUUGCCCCGCGCACUUUUGAAGAAGUCGGUCUUACUACGCGUAAUAGCAUUUGGCGCGAGGGUAAACCACCUGCCCACUAUCAACAGUCUUCUCUUAGUAGGCGAUCUUCAACCGCAAAUUUGCUUCAAAACAGAGUCCAGAUCUCAUUACUCUUAUGCUCAUUGUUUUUAGGCAGUGGUUUUGGGACAUUUAUGACGCGGCAAUCCAGUUACAACCCGCAGAUGGCGCAUAUGUGCUCAGACGAUUUAUCCAAAAGUUUGACAGGUUCAAACACUUUAACGGCCACAGGAGUGGAGAUGCCGCUUGAUUUGACUACUGCUGCUGCUACUGUCUCAUCAAGUGACUCACUACGACGCCUGACUACCGACUGUCCUCACCAAAGAAAGGUGACGGUUGGUGGUAGCGGGACUUCUGUUGGUGAUAUAUCGCUUCUUAUGCAACAAUUUGAGGCGCUUCGGGUAAGUGAAUGUGCCACUACUGUCCUACUGCGCCACGUACACCUGAACUGCGUUCCUUGCCCAUGGCUAGCGGAAAUUACCAUCUAUAGCAAGAGAUCUUACGGUGAUGAAUGCCGACCUUUCUUUUCUAUGGAACAGCUAGGAGUAGAAGGUCAAAGGAUUGUUAAUAGCUUAAUUUACUCCCAUCGCUUUCCUUCUCAGAAUACCUCAGUGCCGAAGCAUUUGUCUGUUUUCAAUCCCGCAUCUCUGUCCGCCCCACCACCUGCUCCUGCGGCGACCACUACUGCUGCUUCUACCGCACUGUCUGAUUUGCAAGAGACGGCGGCCUCUAUAGUCUCCUCCCUCACCUCCCUUUGCUCUCAAUCGGUUGGUGGUGGCACUCCAUCGCAACUCAGUCUCCUCACUACCUCCUUGUUCCAUCGCCAUCUCAGUAAGACACUUUUUAUGGCACCAAGAUGAACUCCUGAAGUUAAGCCAAUGGGGGCAAAUUUCCCCACAUCCCAGUCAUUCACCAGCAUUCGACGGUUCCAAGAGCCAGCACUGAGACACCUCUUCACUCCUAAUCAGUGCGCCGGACUGUUCUAUGAUGACUUUUUCAUGGCCGAGACCUUGAACUACCAAGCUAACGCUACAUUCAAGGGCACGCAGGUGAAUCAGAAUCUGCGCGAGACGCAAGAGACGCUGGCUGCGCUGACUCUGGGUGGCCCGCAGGAAAAGGCGGUGCGGCCGGCUACAGCCGUGUCUACCACGCCAGCUGCAGCAUCGGUGCCUGCGGCACACGAGUUUCUGUGUGGUGCGCUGGAACGCGCCUACGACGAGUUGUUAAGGCAUUGGAACGGCCUUCCACCUGUCCUCUCUUGGCCCACCGCAGCCAGUGAAAGAAGAACCGGUGACUCUUCAAUCUCCAAU